CAGAAGGUCAGUUGAACCUGUUCUUCAUUUGCAUUGACUAAACAAAUGGAGUGUUUGUAAUGGCAAUAAACUGAAAACUGAAACAAAAGCAACCAUCACAAUCAGAGAUCUUUCACUUUAAGACGUUCCUAACAGUGACAUCAGAUGCCACUACAAGCUGAAGGUGAUCCAGGCUAUGGCAGCACAACACCUGGAGGACGAUUCACCUUUCUGGACGGGUCAGAGACUGUUCCUCUCCUUAUCCCUGAACCAGAGGUCCACCAGUACAUCUGGAAGCCCUUGAGCAAAGAGGAGCUGGAGAAGUGCGCAGGUGGACCAGGAUGGAAGAAGUUUCGCUCUCGUCUAGUUCUGGUCUUUUGGAUCGGUUGGCUGAUUAUGCUCGGCACUGCAAUCGCAAUAAUCAUUCAGACCCCACGGGCUGUGUAUCCUUCACUGCACUGGUGGCAGAGGGAUGUGUUUUUUCGCCUGCAGCCGGCACUCUUCAUGGAUGUAGACAGUACAGAGACCAGCAGUAUCAGCCAGGUGUCUAAGCAGCUGCCGUAUCUGAAGUCAUUGGGGGUUGGAGCUGUGAUCCUUGAGGGGUUGUUCCCACAUGACGAUUCCCUAUUAAACCUGACAGAGAUUGACCAACAGCUGGGCACUCUUCCACAAUUCAAGCGGCUUAUUAUAGAAAGCCAUAAAGCAGGUGUAAAAAUAAUGUUGGACCUUUGUGCAUUGGACCUGUCUGAGCAGCAGAAUAAUGACACUGAGCUUUGGUCCCAUACAUCAGGGCACAUGCAGGACUCACUGAGGUACUGGCUGGAGCAAGGUGUUUCAGGGUUUGCAAUCUGUGACACAGACGCUGUCUUCACUGCAAAGACACUAAUGGAGUGGAGUGUGCUGAUGCAAGAGUUCAGUUCACAGGAUGAUGAAAGAAUUUUGAUGGUGUGGCAAACAGGGAAUACUCUUCCAGUGCUCAACACAUCCAACCAUGUUGUUAACGGCUCACUGGUGGAGCUGGUUACAAAGUCACUGAUUCCUCCGUCACACCAUCCAUUGUCGGUCCCUGAAGUGGCUGAAGCCAUGGAGGCCAGUCUACAGAUUGCACAGGGAGACUGGCCGAGCUGGACUGUGGGUGGAGGUGUGCCAUGGGAGCUGCAGAGAGCCAUUCUCAUCCUAAUGAUGACUCUACCUGGAACACCCAUAAUAAAAUAUGGAGAUGAGGUCAAUCCAAUUCAGGAUAGUACUUUGAACACAUCAGCAGCAAACCAGCAGGGUCUGGGUCAGCUGAAGCAACCUCUAGCUCUCUUCCGCUCUCUGAGUCAGUCACGUGCUCGUGAAGAGGCUCUGCAUUUUGGCAGUUUCUCAUUCCUCACCUUCAAUGCCACCACGUCCUCAUCCACCCCGAAUUCCACAGCCACACCUCCUUUAGCUUUUCUGCGCUCAUGGGGUUGCAUUCACUUCCUGGUGUUGUUUAAUUUGGGUUUUGAACCUCACACUCUGGACCCUGAUUGGGCUCCCAGUCUACCUAAAGGUGGUGUGUUCGUAACCAGCUCGGGUCUUGACCGACAAGGCCCUGUGUCUCUUCGGUCAAUCAAAUUACAGCCACACGAGGCCAUUGUCAUAAAACUGUUUGAGUCAGACAGCUUCUGAGUUGUUACCGUAAAAGGUUUGUGUUUCUUUUUGAAGGCCUAACAUAUCCCAUGAGUAGGCCGAGACACAAUCUGCUAACCUUUUUAACAUUUUCUGAGCUGAUUUUUGGAGAAAUAUGGUAAAAAUGUGUUAAACUGAGCUACUGUAAGAACAGGGGAGACUGCAUGCAAUUGUACGUUUCUUUAAUCACACUCUCAAGUUAAACUGAUGACAUUUAUUAAGCAAAUGCUAUCAGUAACGUUCUCUCUCUGCUUGAUAAAAGGAAGCAUGGUCAUUUUGUUUUGAAAGAAGUGUUCAUCAAAAACUGCAUUUUUUAUGCCUUUGAAUUCAAACGUAUCUAUUUUAUGUCUAGGUUGUUGGUUAAAAGUUAACAUGAAUGACAGAUACUUACACUUUAGUUAACAGCUAGCAUACUAGAUUUUUCAUAGCAGUGAGGUCUGGGGAAAUUCUAACACUGGUAAUGAGAUAAAAAUUUUAGGACUUUUGAAUCUUUAAAAUAUGUAAUGAGCAUUAUUAUUAUUACAUUAAAUUACCAAGAUGAAGACCUGUCUUGAUAACCCAUUUCAAAUAAUUAAAAAGAAGGUCCCAUUUAGACUUGCUUUAAAUGAUUCCUGACAACUAAAUUUGUACCAAAUAAAAGCACCAACUAUUCAGUACUUUUUCUAAGCUUUAAAGUAAUUAUAUUGUUACUGUGGUUUUUGCUCUUUUGAUUUAAUAAUUUUUUCCCCCAAGAGGUACAAUUACCUCCAGCCACAGGGAAUUUUGCAGGCGCAGAUUCCAUGUCAGCCUCCCAAUGACAUGAAGAUGGGAUAGAGGGUUUUAGAUUAAGUACAGUAAAAUAUGUGUGCUGUAUAUCUCAAAAACUAAUUAAAUGUAACUAAAUAAAUAAAUAUUUGCA